AUGGCGCUGGCGGCGCAGACAGUGACGGCGGCGGAAGCGGCGGCGGCGGAAGCGGCUGCGUCAGAGGCGCAAGCGGCCCUGCGGCGUAAGCAGUGGCCGAAGACAGCGGCGUUGAGGGCGCCAAGAGGCAUAGGGGCAGAUGCCUUCAGCUGCACAAGCCGCUUAGGCUCCGAAGGCGUCCGGGGCUCAAGCGGUGGCGGCAGCGGCAUAAGCGGUGGCGACGGCGGGGAUAGCAGUGGCAGCGGCUUCAGCGGCACAAGCAGCGUCGGUGACGGCGCAGAGGACGUCAGCGGCGGAACCAGCGACGGCGGAGGACGUUGUCAACGGUGCAAGCGGCCUCUGCGCAGACAACGCGGCGGUGCAGACAGCAGCGGCUUCAGCGGCGUCGGUAGCAGCGACGGUGCACACAGCGGCUUCGGCGUCGCAAGCGGCGGUGCAGAUGGAGGUGGCUACAACGGAACAAGCGGCAUCAGCGGCGGCGCAGGCAGUGGCUCCAGCAGCGGCGGCGGCGGCGGCGGCGGCGGCGGUAGCAGCGGUGGAGCAAACAGCGGCGUCUGGGCAGACUGCGUUGGCUGCACAAGCGGUGUUGGCAACUUAAGGGGCGGCUGCGGAGCAGAUGGCAGCAACGCAGAUGGCGGCGGCGGAGCGGCGGCGGGGCCUGCGCAAGCGGCGGCAGCGGGAGCCCGAGGGACAGCAACUGGGGAAGGGCAGAGAAGGCCAGAAAGACCAGGGAACCUGCUGCAGAGAAAGGCUUUUGGGGUUAGAGCAUCAGCACCUUCGGAAGCUGCACUGAAGCCUUCAUAGGCAGCAUCUGCGAUGUGAGGGAAGGCACCUCCACCAGGUACUUGAAGAUCUGGGUUAGCUUUGAUGG